AGAUAUUGAGGGUGGGACAUGUAAUGUGGUGAAUGUGUUUUGUAAUCGGCACGAAUUUUUCUGAUUGGCUGGAGAUGCACAGCAGCACCGCAGUCUACUGCACACGUGACGCGUCUGCCGUGUGUUGUGUCGCGUGUAGCUUAUCUAUUCCUGGAAACAAAAUGGUGACGUGGAAGAGUUUCUUUGAAUGAUCUCUGUCGAUGGUUAAAUGGCAAUGUAUGCGAUGAAUAGCAAGUAGCAGCAACAGACAUUUUGCACGUGAAGGGUUGGUGUGUCCUGUGUUACGGCACAAAGCAAACGUGUACAGCAAGGAUGUGUAGCUCACUGCACCUGUGACAACCAGGAUCAGCAACUUUCGGUUUUGCUUUCGAUUGAGCUUUUACCUGAAGCUUCUGAACCCCGGGUGGUUGGUGUAAACAUUCUCUGAACAGAAGAAAAAUAAUACAAAUCAAGAAAUACACAAGCGAACAAAACCCACGGUGUCGACACCAGGCAACAAUAAUGGCAGACGACAGCUGGACGAUGAAAGUUACUGAGCUACUGUUGGAGGACUUUGAUGGAAGAGCCAAGUUUGGACAAUUCAAGAGAAAGCUGUAUCAAAAAUACCUCGCGAAGGGUGGAAUUGCUCGUGCUUUAGAUCGGCUCUACGACAGCAACAGAUUCAUGGUCUUUGAAAAGGAUGAGCAGGUGAAAUAUGUUUCGGUCGCCUGGGAGGAUGCUAGUAUCUGCUGUGGAUAUCGAAAGAAAGGAUGGGACACGUGCAGAAAAGACGACUGUUCCAGAUUCCACGUCUGUAAGUUCUUCAUCACUGGUAACUGCGUACGUGGUUCCAAAUGUUUGUUUGGGCACGACCUUGAGAACCAGGUCAAUAAAAGUGUAUCUGACCGACUGGGUCUGUCAUCUUUUUCAGCUGAGCAAAUCCGCACCAUCAUAUUUCGCAGCCAUCCAGCCGUGUGUGUGAAAUACAACACGGGAGGCUGUGAUGAUGAUGACUGUCCAGACCUUCACAUCUGCUCUCGAUCCAUAAUACAGAAAUGUACAGCAGGAGCCAGUUGUAAUUUUGGACAUUCUCUUAAAAAAACUGAGCACAAUCAGUGGGUUCUGGAAACAUUUGAUGUGGAAGAUUUAAAUGAUGAAGAAUUGAAAAGGCGCAUCCUAGUAACAAAUAUCCCUAGCACUGACACUGGGCCACGAUCCCAAAUGACACCAGCAGCAUCUUCAUUAAGUGUCUUUAGUGGUGCUACAGCAGCAUCAUCAACAUCCUCAAUAUCAUCAAUAGACACAGAAGAUUACAUCCUUAGUGUCUUCAGUUUUCUUUUGAAGAGUUUCGGCGGGAGAGUUAAAUUUAACACAUUCUUGACCAAAAGAGGUGAACUUCUGCAGGGACUGAAGAGAGUAGACAUCAUUGAGUGGCUGAAGGACAACAGUGACCGAUUCCUCUUGCAUGAAAGUGAUGGUGAUGUGAAGUUUGUGUCUGUUCACAACAGACGCGCCAGGGUGUGUUUCAGAUACAACAACCCUGGUGAUUCCAUGUGUGACAAUCAGUUUUGCAUGUUUUUCCACAUCUGCAGAGAUCUCUUAACUGACACCUGUAUCAGGACCAGAUGCCGUUUAAAUCAUGAUUUUUCCUCAUGGCCAAAUGCCAAGAUAUGCUCAGAUCUGAACUUGCAUCAGUUUUCAGACGAAGAGAUUUGUAAGAUCAUUCUGUGUAGUCAUCCUGUCGUGUGUGGGAAAUAUAACGAAUCAGGCUGUCAGCUGAAUGAGUGCCCGGACCUCCACGUUUGUUCAAAGAAUAUCUUCAGUCAGUGUGCACGUGGUGAUGGCUGCAAGUUUGGCCACACAAUAAAGAAUUCAGGAGAACACAACUUGUAUGUGUUGAAGGCUUUUCAAAUGGACACGUGGCAAGAAAAAGUCCUGCGGAAACUUGUCAUUGUUAGCAAAAGAGAACACUCAGAUCCUCUAGGGCGUCAAGGCUAUGUCCCAGCUGUACACCAAGUGCUGGACAUUCGUCAGUCAGGAAGAAGCGAAUAUACCCAGCACCUCAUAAAACCAAUCGGUGUCAAAGAUACUGAUCCUGGCGCAUAUGAAUACCUGUGUGAAGCAUACACCUGGACAGGUGUGUGUCCCAAAACUCCGAACUGUCCACAUUAUCACAGUCCUGAUCGCCUCCCUUACCUGUGGCUGAAUAAGAAUCAGGAGGAUGGAGCAUGGCGCAGAGUCGUCUCAUGUGUAAACACAGAACUCGAGAAAAGUUUCUGUGACCUUAGGUCAUUUCAGUUUAAUGUAGCUGGAGUACAGAAUGUGGACUUCAGUGCCAUGUCAGCCAAAGUCGAUGGAGUACGCCAGUCAGUUAAGCUCAGACGACUGUCGACGCCAUCAUAUGUGACUGCAGCGCCAGGAACUCCUCUCAACUUCUACACUCAGUGGGUGUGGUACCGGCAAGAACGUAAUAGAACAUACACCCCCUUCUACCCGGGAACCUUGCAGUACACUCUGGAAGAGAAGUAUCUGAAAGGACAGCAAAAAUACUACUUUGAGUUUGAAGAGUUACGCCUGAUGGUCAACACUCAAAGUUCAUCGAUGGUACAAACCAACCUCGACACACAUCGAACAACUUGUGUCAUCCGAAGACCUGUCUUUACGGCGGCUACACCCAAGACUCCAACAAUGUCGUCACUGUUGCUGUCUGAGGUCCCUACGUCAGUGCUGCAUCAGGUUCCAGACCACUGGUCUGCCGUGGACCACUUCCAGGACUUUGAGCUCGUCGAUCUGUCAGAAACCUCAGCGGAGUACACCGCCGUCCAGCGACAGUUUUUCUCAACGAUGGACAGAAGAAUACACAAGACCGUACACAUAUUCCGUGUACAGAACCCAGGCUGUGGGAUAAAUACUGCAGUGCUAGACGGGCCAUGACUCCUCGAGGUCAAAGGCCAGAAGAGGUGGAGGAGCGCCAGUUGUUUCACGGAACCCCGACACUUCAGGCGGCCAGGGGCAUCUGCGCCAACAGCUUCGACUUCCGCAGGUCUGGAGAGAAUGUUGGAGCUAUUCACGGCAAGGGAGCUUACUUCUCCACCACAGCCAAGUACAGUCACAGCUACACGCGUGCUCACAUCACAGCCAAAGGCGACUCUCUACGGUUCAUGUUUCUGGGAAGGAUCCUGGUGGGGCAGUACACUCUGGGUAACCCUUCUUAUACUAAACCACCAGAGCGUGACCGGCUGAAGCUGUACGAUUCGUGCGUGAAUGAUGUGUCUAACCCCACCAUCUUCGUCAUCUUUGACCUGGCACAGAGCUACCCGGAAUAUCUGAUCGAGUACGAAACAGUUUCAGACGAUGCCAACGUAGUCUCUGCAAGACAGCAACUGCCGCCAGCAUCGGUAACAUAUCCAUCUGCAGCCACCAACAGUGCUGCGACGCACAGAUAUUCUUCGACUAGUAAUUACAGUAAAAUAUCAGCACAGCCUGUGUCAACUCUUUCUUCAGUUCCGACCUCUCGACCUCUGAUCACUGUUGGUUCAAGUAACCCUUACACGGCGAGAUCAGGUCCUACACUCUCUGCACGUGCACCGUCGUGCGACACUUCAAGACCCGUGCCAUCACCACAGUCACCUUCAACACAAACUUUACGGACAUCGCCAUCAGCAGCAAACACUCGUGCCCGCGAUCGCUUAUAUACAUCAGACGAUUGGGCCUUUACCCUUAAUUCUCAACCGCCAAGACUAUCGAAUGAUCAGUCCAAAAGUUCCUGUAUAAUAUCAUAGCACAGCCUGGAAUGUUAAUUACGAAUAGAAUCAUUGAACUGAAGGCUGCGUUCCGAAAGAGUUUCAAACGUAUGUUCACUUUUUGCUAGCUACUUCUGGGACGAGCAGCAGACGAACUUUUUACACCAUUUAUCUUCCUAAGCACUUUCACCUGGGGACAGAACUUUGUUAUAACACCUGGUGAUGGAAUUUUAUGUUAUAAGACCUGGUGACGGAACUUAAUCAUCGGUACUUUUGUGAUUUUUAUUGUUUGUCCUUUCGACAUCCAGCAAUAAGUAAGAAACUUUCGCUGACACUGGAGAUUACCGGAACCACUUGGGACUUUGCCUCAAGCAUCAAUAUAUAAGAGUUCUAGUUUUUCGGAGGUAAACGAGCGUCUUUCUCUGGAUGACAAAAAGAAAAAGUGUUCUUCAACUCUAGCAAUAAAUAAAUUAAUUGAUCCAUUAAUCUGGUUUUCCCUUUAAGCAACACUGCAACUGCCCUCCUCAUAACUAGUCAUUGCUGCUUUUUAACGAUGUAUUAGCAUCGAACAGUAGUUCCUCCUUUUUUUUCGGUACAACCCUUAGGGCACAUUCUCGCUCGGGAAAACACAAUCAAAUUUUUAUGCUUUAGUUAGGAGAAAAAGAACAAAUUGAAAAGAUUCUAUUUCAUUUCUUAAAUCAUAAGUGGGUGAAAAGAAAAUCAAACGGAUCGCGAAGCAAAUGAAACGUGGGUUGCUCAGGUUUGGAAGAACGAGGAAGAGGAAAUUGAUUCUUCAUAAAUAUUUCCUAGUAAACUCAGAACUUUUAUCUCGAGCUUUUUACUUGAGAGAUGAUCAGUUGCUCUGUUAUUGUGAAACAGAAGUAGAUUGUUUUAAAGUGUUAAUUAUCACAAGGUAGUGUACUAAUAUAUUUUAGCUCACUACAUAAGUUCAUUUUAAAUAACAUGGCAGCUGAGUCACUCCAUGUACAUCUCGAACCUAAUAGUUCCAUUUUAAAAUAAAUCUGUAAACAGCAUACAGGCCCUUUUUCAUGCCUUGAUGUAUUCUAAUGUACUGAAAUAUAUCUUUACAUGUAAAUUUAUUUUCAUGAAGAUACCCGUGGUAUCAGCCUCUAUCAUUUCGAUGUAUAGACGUACUCAUAUUUAGUCUUUUGUCUGUUCUAUUCAGGGCGUUUUUAACAUUGUUAAACACAUUCCGAUGCAAAAUAGUGUUCAACUUUUUUUCAAAAAUGUAAUGAAUGGGAUGCUUUUGAGUAGGAAGUACCAUAGAAAUUGGUCCACGCAUGAGAAUUUCCUGUUACCCAGCAACGGUGGGGAGCAAACAGCUUAACUUGAAGACUUGCUAGGGCAUCUGAGAAAUACGGUGGCAGCCAUAAAGCUAUUUCCUUCUAUGAAGAACAUCGACUUCGAAAUAGUGCAGCACCGAGACACCACUCUGGCACCUUUCUGCCUAAAGCCAUUAACAGAAGAAACCAAUGAUGUUUAAGGCAGAGACUGAGUUGUCCUCAAGUUUUUCCAACAGUAUUUAAGAGGAAAGAAAGUGAACUGACUACCCUAUGAAUGUUUAAUAUGGUGUCUUAAUAGAACAAGAAUUUGAAUAAGACGCUGUUACCAACCUUGAAGCUAGGUGAUCCAAAAUUUCCAAAAACGAUAACCGCAUUUUAUCCGCACGAUCAAGUGUCCUAUUUGUAAAUUAUUUUGAGGGGUUUGAAAAUAUUUGUCAUUUUUAAAUUUUGAAAAUCUAUUAAAAUGUUUUUUGCAAAUGGGAAAAAUGUAUCAUUUCCUAUGCUUUGUUUGUCAGAAACCUAGAAAUGUAUGUCAUGAAAAUUGUCACAAAAUCUGUCCAUGUGUGAGCAAAGAGUCGACAAUGUCAAAUUACAUAAAAACAUGUGCCUUCAGGUGAAAAAUGAAUAAUAAAAAUACUACUGCAUUCACCAAGACACGAAAACAA